GCGGACGUUCGGCGCGCGAGAGACGUUGUCAAUCUCAAUGGCUCGUCAGAGAUGCUCUCUGCGUCCGUUACCGCACGUAAGUCCAGAAACUGUUCGGUUACGUCGAUUCUGAGCGGUUUUUUUUCUUUUUUUUUUUUUCUUUUUACUUGAAACAUGACCGCACGCAGCGGGCUUCGUCCCGGUCUUCGGCGCUUUCUUCUGAGUUCAACACAUUACGCCUCAGCUUCCAGCGGAGCUCCGUGAUACUCAAAACUCCACUUUUUAACUUUAUCACCAAAACACUAAGGGAGUAAAAUCCUUUUUUUUUCCCGUAUUUUUUUCCCUUCAGCAAUACCAUUGGCUUUAGUGACGUUAUAAUUACUUUUAUUAAUCCGAAAACUUUUCCCUCCUUAAACUGUGCUGAGGUUAAGUGUACAAUUUUUGGUGACGACUAAUAGACUUGACACAUUAACACUUUAUGAAGCACGAAACUGUGGAAAAGUGGUGGAGAAAAGGGAGAAAAUAAAGAAAACUCAAACCAUCUGUUUGGUGGAUCAUGGCUGCUGGGUGCACAGGGCGGUCUGCGGUUUUAUUAUCAUUCCUGACGUUGGGGGCUGCCUUCUCUGGCGUGUUUAAUACUUCAGACAGAGACAUUUUCAACAAUGACUUGGAGCAGCUCAGGCUCAGAGAGGACAGCGCUACUGAACGAUGGAAACAUGUUGGAGACGACCUUCACCCCAAUCUGUACUUCGACCAGGUGGACGUACAGUUACUCAAGCAGAAGUCCACCACCACGCACAGCCACGUCUUCAAAGCGAUCCGGGCAGCCGUCAUCGCCAUGCUGUCCAACGCCGCCCUUUACCUGCCUCCGCUGAGGCACGAGGAAUUCACCAGCAAGUGGAACGAGAUCUACGGAAACAACCUCCCGCCGCUGGCGCUGUACUGUCUGCUGUGUCCAGAGGACGCUGCUGCCCUCCAAUUUACGCUCAAGUUCAUGGACAGAAUGGCAGAGUACCCAGACUGGGUGGUAACCAGCGCCCCCAAUGACGAGGUCCCUAUGGCACACUCUCUCACUGGAUUUGCCACCGCCUAUGAUUUUAUUUAUGUCUCCCUGGAUACCCAGAGAAGAGCCAAAUAUCUUAAGAAAAUUCGUGCCGUGACGGAGGAGCUGUAUGAGUUGUCCAAAUACAGGGGCUGGGGGAAGCAAUUUCUGCAGAACCAUCAAGCCACAAACAUCUUAGCUAUACUAAUUGGUGCCAUUGUAGCUGGCGAGCAUAAUGACCCAGAGACCAUGAUGUGGAAGCAGGUCUCGGUGAAUUACAUGGAGAAGACCAUGUUCCUUCUGAACCACGUUGUAGACGGGUCUCUGGAUGAGGGCGUGGCCUACGGGAGCUACACUGCAAAGUCUGUCACGCAGUACGUGUUCUUGGCACAGCGCCACUUCAACAUCGACAACACGCAGAACAACUGGCUGCGGGCGCACUUCUGGUUCUACUAUGCAACCCUGCUGCCCGGCUUUCAGAGGACAGUUGGCAUUGCGGACUCCAACUACAACUGGUUCUACGGACCAGAGAGCCAGCUGGUGUUCCUGGAUGCCUUUGUGCUGCGCAACGGCACUGGAAACUGGCUUGCCCAGCAGAUCAGAAAGCACCGUCCCAAGGAUGGCCCCAUGGGUCAGUCUUCUGCCCAACGCUGGGCUACGCUGCAUACAGAGUACAUCUGGUACGACGCCCACCUCCCCCCUCAGCCGCCCAUGGGCUACGGAAAAGCAGGGAUGCACAUAUUCUCCAACUGGGGUGUGGUUACCUAUGGGGCCGGCAUGCCUAAUGGCCAGGGGAACACAUUUGUCUCCUUCAAAUCAGGGCGUCUGGGUGGCCGGGCCGUGUACGACAUCGUUCAUGCCAGGCCCUACUCUUGGGUUGAAGGCUGGAAUAGUUUUAACCCAGGGCAUGAACAUCCGGACCAGAACUCUUUCACGUUUGCACCGAAUGGCCAGGUGUUUGUGUCUGAGGCAUUGUACGGACCCAAGUACAGCUACCUGAACAACGUGCUGGUCUUUGCUCCAUCUCCGACGAGCCAGUGCAACGAACCGUGGGAGGGGCAGCUGGGGGAGUGUGCCAAGUGGUUGCGCUGGGCAGACAAUGAGGUGGGUGAUGUGGCUGGUGAGGUGAUCGCUGCCUCGUCCCACCAAGACACCAUGUUUGUGAGCGGUGAGUCGGCGCCCGCUUAUUCCUCGGCUAUGAAGCUGCAGAGCGUGUAUCGCGCCCUGGUGCUGCUCAACUCGCAGACCCUACUGGUGGUGGACCACGUGGAGAAGCGCGAGGACUCUCCACUUAACGCACUUAGUGCCUUCUUCCACAACCUGGACAUUGAUUUCAAAUAUGUGCCGCAUAAGUUUGCAGAGAAGUUCAACGGGGCACUGAUGGACGUGUGGGAUGCUCAUUAUAAGAUGUUUUGGCUCGACACUCACGGGGCCAGCCCUGUAGCCAGGAUACAGGAAGCCGAGCAGGCCGCGGAGUUUAAAAAGCGCUGGACGCAGUUCAUCAAUGUCACAUUCCCUAUGAACGGCUUGGUUACCAGAAUGGUCUACGUGAUGCAUGGUCCUUAUGUCAAAGUUUCCAACUGCAGGUUCAUCGACAAUAGCAAAAACGGACUAAGUCUUUCUGUGAUGAUUAACAACACUGAAAACAUAGUGUCAAUUGCAACAAAUUACAAGGAUAUAGGUGCCCGACUGAGCUAUCUGGGCUUUGGAGGAUUUGCUAAGAUGGAAGAUAAGCACCGUAUCAUACGUUUUGGUCUGGGAACUGAACUCGUGCCCAAACAAAGCAAAGUGGAUAGUACAGUAUUUGACUUUGGCUUUAUGGUCAAUGUAAUUGCAGGGGUGACACUGUGUGUCGCCAUUGGGUUUUUGACCUUGCAAAGAAAGUUUUACAUCUGCUUCAGCAAACUCAUGCGAUACACACUUCUCUCAGUCCUUCUGCUGUGGGUAAUUGAGCUUCUGUUUGUGUCCAACACUUGCGAUCAGAUCCUCUGUGGUGUGAAAUGGAAAGGUGCGGCAGACCCCGGGGCGAGCUCACAAAUAAAACUCUCAGGGCAGCAGCCGUUACCCCUGCCAACGGUCGUCAUAACAACCCUGCCUGGCUCCGGGGCCGAAAUCCUGAAGCACCUUUUCUACAACAGCUCUGACUUUGUCUACAUCAGACUGCCCACGGAACACCUGGACAUACCGGAGACGGAGUUCGAGUUCGACUCCCUGGUGGACGCCUGUGAGUGGUCCAAAAAUGACGCUCGGGACGGGCAUUUCAAAGUGAUCCAAGGCUGGUUCCACUCUCUGGUUCAAAGUACCAAGCUGCAUCUCCAGAACAUUCAGCUGCAUGAGUUCGGCCAUGGUAAACUGACACAGGUGGGCGACCUUUCCAUGGACAAAAGGAAACGGGCCAGGAGGAAAGAGCCUCCUUCCGAAUUCAGGGGCAGAGGGAAAGGCAGCCUGGACAGAGAUGCGGAAUACAUCCGGGAGCUGCGGCGGCACAUCGCAAAGUAUCAAAAUGCGCGUGUGGUCCUCAACCUGAGGAGUGGCAGCUGGGCCCUAAAACUUCCGUUUGUCCAGGAAGUGAUUGGCCCAUCUCUGCGGGCCAUAUAUGUGGUCAGGGACCCACGAGCCUGGAUCUACUUGAUGCUGUACAACAGCAAGCCCAGUCUGUACUCCCUGAAGAACAUCCCGCAGCACUUGGCUCUCAUUUUCAAAGAGGACAGCAGCCGGGGGAAGUGUGCAGGCUUUGCCCCGGAGUUCCAAGUGCUGCGGCAGCUCCUCUCACACUCAGAGAUGAACCCGGUCCUGCUGCUAGCCCACCUGUGGCUGGCGCACACCGCCGCCACGCUCCGUAUCAGCAGCGGCCUGCCGGCAGACACAUACCUCCAGGUGCGGUUUGAGGACAUCGUGCACUUUCCCGAAGAGACAGCAGGGAGGAUACAUGCCUUCCUGGGGGUGCCCGUCACACCGGCGGCGCUUAACCAGCUCAUGUUCACCACCUCCACCAACUUGUACAACCUCAUGUAUGAGGGGGACAUUUCUCCGGCCAACAUCAACAUGUGGAAACAAAACAUGCACCACAAUGACAUCAGAUUGAUAGAGAGCACAUGUUGGUUUGUGAUGAAGAGGCUCGGCUACUCCAGGUUUACAAACUGAAGGCUGCAGGUCAGCUGUUGUUUGUCUUUACUCUUUUGCACUAAUGGAGAGUUAAGUUUGUAAGCUUCGGUCAUGAUUCGCUCUCAGUCCUGUUGCAAAAUGGAAUCGAGUGUUUUCUUAAGGUAUUUGUGAUUUAGUUCUUUGUGCACUUUGUGAAUUGUUCAGGCAAAACAUGGCAUAUGGUGGUUCAGAUAUUUUAUAUUAAAAUUUUAUGUGGUUGAUUUUGAAGUUACAAAAUAUUUUAGGAAUCACUUUAACUUUUGUGCUUUAGUGGGAUGUUGUAACUUAAGUAAUUAUGAAUUCCCAUAUUGUAAGUAUUGUGCUUUAAAAUUCUCACCAUUUCCUCCUCUUAAAAAGUAAUGGAUUAUAAAUAUGUAUAUGUUCACAUUAUUUUUCUUAUACCCUGUACAUAACCUAUAUUCAGUUGAAUCUUUUUAUAUUAUAUAUAUUUUCCUGGGAAAAAAUGUCUUUUGUUAAGGUGGUAUAAGAGGCUUUAGGGAUGUUGUCCUAAAAAACAAAAAUGUUUACUGAAGCUAAAAGCCGUUAAAGUCAAACUAAAUUUUUCAAGCCUUUUUUUCUUGCUUGUUGGGCCUGUUUGGGUUUGAUCCACGUUUGGGGUCCCUGUGAUUAUCUUCACUGCGCGGCUUUUACUGGCCGCCUCAAAGCCACACACAAUCAACGCUGGCCUUAUUUACUCCAUGUGUCGGUUCGGUCUGAGCAGGGAAAAAAGCGGAUGUGAACAGUAAUUCUUUGUUUCAUAGUGUUUAUGUCUGCUUGGGAGAGGUGCACAAGUAGAAGUUUUGAAAACAUGACAAACUGGAAUUGCUUGUUCUGUUUCCCCUUUUCUCUUGUAACAAGAAGUACCUCUUAAAUGUGCAAAUUGACCUUGUACCGUAAUCAAAGCAAGAACUUCAAACCAAUCUGGUUCGUGCAAAUUAAGAAUUCAUCAUAAAGAAGUCAAAGAUUUAGGUCCUUCAUAAACUCAAGCUCGAUUAACUUGUCUUUCUUCAGAGUUAUAAUUUCUAGUUACAAGUUACUGAAACGUCAUUCAUAUCUGAGCCAAUAAUUUUACUAACUAUAACUUUGUAACUUUAAACCCAGGUUCCACAUUUGGAAGUGUUUUCAUUUGCAUUCUUUAUUUUAUCGGAACUCCAAAGAAUUUCCAGAGUUCUUUUUUAAACUGUGACUCAGUGGUUUGACUUAUGUUAAAAAUCUCAAUGCAUUUACUGAUGUCACAUUGUAAGAUGAUACAGUGAAGCCAAGAGCUCUGGAAGCCCGCACUGUGUUUGUGAAUGUUAACUCUUUCUAAAAUCCUACUCAGUCUCGCUACUUUUUUUUCUUUACUUCGGCGCCUGUAGAAACUGUACUGUACAAUUUUGUGUAUUUGGUCUUUGUGGUUCUGCUUCUCUGCUAUGUGUACUGUACACUUGUCCACAGUGGGAAGUGGGGGGAUAGCACCAAUUACUGCACCGAGACUCCUCGGUGCUCCGGGUCACCAUCGACCAACAUACGCUACAGCCGGAGAUAGGAUCCUCUUAAAGUCGACGGACACGUUUGGAGCUUCUCAGCUCAUGUUUCAAUUUUUUUGCCCCCAUUAAGGCAGCAGAAAGCCGUCACCGAAUUCUUGUUAAACGGCAUGAAUGUGUGCAAUGUUGUCACGGUACUGCAGCUCCAUUGCAGCGCUUGUGCUUAAGGAGGCUGGGGGGGGGCCCUGUGGGUGUAGGGUUAUAGUACUGCUUUUUGAAAUUACCACCACUGUAAAAUUCUGUUGAUUUCAUUCUGGGCACUGGUGGAAGGCGCAAAUGUCACAAAAACAUGAAUAAAUGAGUACAUACUGUACACAUUGUCAGAGUAUUACAAUUUUUUUGAUGUCAAAAUAGCUUGUUUUCUAUGUACAACCAAUUGAGAGUAUGACCGUUACGUACUCGUGGAAU